GUCGUGUAAGCAUAACACAAAGCAAAAAAUGGUUGAGAAAGAGAGAAGUCUUGGAAAAAUGGAGAAGGGAAGAGGAGAGAGGUUGAUUUUGUUUGCAACUCAGGCACUCUGUGGGUUUAUUCUUCUUCAUUUUAUGUAUGUCCAAUUUUUGGCCUAUAAGGUUACACCAUCUAAACAAAUAAAAUUUACAGGGAGACAAAUCUUAUCAGAAUCGAAGGCUGAUCAUUUGAUCAAUGUCGUUAGCAACGAUGAUCAACACCAAUCUCUGCAAUAUCUUUUAUCAAGACUACUUGAAGGUGAAGAUCGAACCAAGUUUGAUUCAACAGGAUUUGCGUGUGAUAAGGGUUCAUGGUCACUAGUAUGUGUUGCAGACAAACCUGUAAAAAUUGACAUGAGCACAAUGCGAGUCCACCUUCAGCCGUCGGAUCUGAGAUUCACACCGGCCGGUGAAAACACCACCACCGUUGUCCGGCCAUAUGCAAUGCAAGGAAAUCCGUACGUUAUCAACGACAUAACUCCGGUAACGAUCACGAGCUCCGAGCCAGAACCACCCACUUGUGAUCAUAACCACCAACAUCCAGCUGUGAUCUUCUCAUCUGGUGGAUACACCGGAAACAUAUUCCACGAAUUCAACGAGAACAUUAUACCUUUAUUCAUCACUUCUCGACUUUUCAGAUCUAAAGUGCACUUCAUCGUUGUCGAUUACAAACCUUCAUUCAUUCAAAAAUACAGACGUGUGUUUUCGCGCCUAUCGGAUCAUGAAAUCAUAGAUCCAGCGGUGGAUUCAAGCGUGCAUUGCUUUCCUGGAGCUGUAACCGGUUUAAAAUUUCACAAAUUCCUUGGCGUAAACACAUCAGACAAUCCACAAGGCUACUAUUCAAUGCCAGAUUUCAGAGAAUUCAUCAGACAAACAUUCAGAUUAAAAACACGAAGCGUUUUCGAGACACAGAAUCCUCCUGUUCUACUUCUAAUUUCUCGCCAAACAACAAGAAAAUUCCUAAAUCAAGCAGAAAUGGUGAAGAUGAUGGAAGAACUAGGGUUUCGAGUGAUCAUCGCUAGUUCAGCAAAAGAAAUGUCGAACGUGGAGAAGUUUUCGCGGGUGAUAAACUCUUGUUCUGUUAUGGUGGGGGCGCAUGGAGCUGGGUUAGCUAAUGAGAUCUUUCUGCCAGAUGGGGGUGUUAUGGUACAGGUGAGACCACUGGGGUUCCAGUGGGACGUCGAUUCUUUUUACAGUGAACCGGGUCCAGAGAUGGGAUUGAAGUAUUUGGAGUACAGGAUUGAACCGGAGGAGAGCUCGUUGGCUGACGUGUACGGUCUGGAUCAUCCGGUGCUUAGAGAUACUGCGUCUGUAGCGGCAAAAGGAGGAUAUGAAGCUGCACGAGAAAUGUAUUUAGAUAAACAAGAUUUGAGAAUAGAUCUUGAUAGGUUUAGAGAGACACUUGUUGAAGCGUUGAGAAUUGUUGGACGUCGAAUUGAUGUCUCCAACGCUUGAUUAUUUUAAAUUCUUUUAGGAAAUGCAUGGAAUUGUUUUUGAUCAUAGUCAGUAUCUUAUAGUUAAAUAUUUCAUACUUAAAAUUUAUAUAUAGUUUUCAAGGA